UUAUCAAUAUUUCUAAUUAAUAAUCUAAAUUAAUUUCUAUUUAAUGCCAUUUUUAUAGUUCUACUAAUUAGUCAACAAAAUUUAACUUCAAUCUAAAUCUACUGAUUAAUGAUAUUUGAUUUGGAAACAUGAAGUUACCAUAUCAUAGAUUAAGAUUUUACUUUCAACUGGGUUAACAUUCAAUUGGAAAAAUCAAACAACUGAUCAGUGUAAAUUUUUUCUUUUUAGGAAAUUAAGAUGAUUCCGAUUCGCCUUUCACGAAUUAUUUUUCUACUCAUAUUUUUGGCUGUUCUUUUGUUGAAUCAUUAUUACAUAUCGAAGACCGUUGAUGAUGAUGAUCAGUUAAUUAGUUCUAAUGUUCGAUUAACCGGUAAAAGAUUAUCAUCUCAUCCAUCAUAUACUCUAGAUGAUCUAGAUGCUGUUUCUCGGGCUGAUGAUCUUUCCUACCGGAUUAAGGAGAUGAUCAGGAUUAAAGGUUCGGUUUCUAAUGAAUUGAAAAAUUUGGAAUCAAGGAAACAGAAGCUUCAAAAUGAUAUCUCAAGUUUAAGUAAUCAAAUGAUUGAAAUUGAAUAUCGAUUAAGUAAAAAACAAUCAGAUCUUAAUCGACUUUACCUUUCGAUUGGCCAAGCUGAAUUUACUCUUAAAGAAACCUCAUCGGUGAAUCAACCAUUUCUCUCAAGGCCAAUUAAAUUGUUACCUCUCUCUCGUCCUCAGGAUUAUUCAAUCAACGAAAAUGCCAACAAUCAACUAAUCAAUGGAUGUUCAAUGUCUUCAUGUUUUGAUUAUUCUAGGUGUUCAUUAACUUCAGGAUUCCCAAUUUACAUUUACUCAUCAAUAAUUGAAAGUCAAUCAACUGGUCGCUUGUCAAGUGAUAAUUUGCAUGAUUUAGUUAAUCAAUUUAAAAGAAAUCAUCAUAAUACACUUGAUGGUAACAUCGCCUGUGUUUAUAUUGUCCUAAUUAACCCACAAUCUAAUUUAGACAUUGAAAAUAUUCAAUCAACUUUACAUAGUCUUGACUAUUGGUCAGGUGAUGGUCGCAAUCAUUUAAUCAUUAACCUUAAUCAAAAUGUCGAUAUAAUUGAUUACGGGAUCAAAUCUUUUCGAGCUCUAGUCCUUCAAAGUAAUUUUAAUGGUAAUCACUUACGAGAAGAUUUUGAUGUCAUAAUCCCAUCGCUUACAAUUAACAAUAAUAAUCAUCUGAUUUCAUCAUCAAAAAUACCAAAUUGUCCAGCAAGACGAAAAUAUCUCAUCACAUAUCAGGGAUCAUUAAAUCAAUCAACUUCUAAUGAUGGCCAAUAUCGACAAUUAUUUGAGAUAAUGACUUCAAUCACCAAUUCAUCGACCAAUGAUGAGAUCCUUUUUAAUUUCAAUUGUGCCAACACUAAUUGUACAAGUUUUUUUACUCAAUCAACAUUUUCCAUUGUGUUACCUCCUUUGAAUACUUUAAAUCAGCGAGGAUACAAAUCUCAUCCUGUUCUCAUUGACGAGACACUUGAACUGCUCUCUUUCGGUGUGAUUCCAGUGUUAAUUGGUGGAAAUGAUUACAAGUUACCAUUCCAUGAGAUUAUUGAUUGGAAGAAAAUUGUUUUACAUCUUCCACUUGCCAGAAUGCCAGAGAUUCACCUGAUUGUUAAAUCAUUCAGUGAUUCAGAUAUCAUUGAUAUGAGGCGACAGGGAAAGUUAAUUUAUGAUCGUUACUUUUCAACGAUUGAUUCAAGAAUCAAUUCAUUGAUCUCAUUUGUCAGACAUCAGCGUCUCAACAUUCCCGCUUUACCUGUGGUGGAAAACACUUUACCCUUUCUAUUCAAUUCCACUUACUCUUCCAAUAAAUAUUUGUAUGCAUUUGAAAAUCCAGAGAGUAUUGGUGGUAAUCAGGAAACGGAAAUCGAUCGAAAUCUUGGUCCAAUUGAAUCACCUUUUCCAUCGAUCACUUUUCAACGUAACUUUUCACUUACUCUGUGCCAUGGUUACUCUUUAUGGAAUUCACCUCAACUCAAUCCAUUUAUCCUUUAUCCGAAUACACCUUUUGAUCCUGUCCUACCUUCGGAGGCCAAAUUUACAGGCUCAGGUUAUGGAUUCCGUCCAAUUGGUCAAGGAGCUGGUGGAACAGGUAAAGAGUUUAGUGAAGCUCUUGGUGGUAACUGGCCAAAGGAACAAUUUACAAUCGUCAUGUUAACUUAUGAACGAGAAACAAUUUUAAUUAAAUCGUUGGAGAGACUUUUAGGUUUACCUUAUUUAAACAAAGUUUUGGUCAUUUGGAAUAGUCCUAGAAAACCUUCAGAUGAUGUUAAAUGGCCUGAUCUUGGUGUACCAAUUAACGUAAUUGAAGCAGAUCAAAACAGUUUGAACAAUCGUUUCAAACCUUAUUCUCAAAUAGAAACUGAAGCAAUACUUUCAAUGGACGAUGAUGUUCAUCUUCGUCACGAUGAGAUAAUAUUUGGUUUUCGUGUUUGGAGGGAAGCUCGUGAUCGUGUUGUUGGUUUUCCAGGUCGAUAUCAUGCUUGGGAUAACAAUUUCAAUUCGUGGCUUUACAAUUCAAAUUACACUUGUGAAUUAUCAAUGGUUCUAACUGGAGCAGCUUUUUUUCACAAAUAUUACACUUACAUGUACACUCAUUCAAUGGAUAAAGCAAUAAGAGAAAAAGUCGAUGAAUUGAUGAACUGUGAAGAUAUUGCAAUGAAUUUUUUAGUCUCUCAUAUAACUCGUCAACCACCAUUGAAGGUCACAUCACGAUGGACCUUUAAAUGUGUUGGAUGUCCAGUCCGACUGUCAGAAGAUGAUUCUCACUUUCAAGAAAGACACAAGUGUAUCAAUUAUUUCACUUCGCUUUAUGGUUACAAUCCACUUUUACAAACCCAAUUCCGAGCUGAUUCCAUAUUGUUUAAAACUCGUAUUCCUCAUGAUAAAACCAAGUGUUUCAAAUUCCUGUAAAUUCAAAUCCAUAACCUUGUAUAAAAAAUGAAAAAGAACAAUUUUAAAUUAAAUGACAAUGACAAUACUUGAAAGAAGAAAAUAAAUCAAUCAUUGUAAAUAA